UAGAGAGGGCGUGGUAGUUAUUUCGCGCAAAGUAAAUAAAAUGGGGCCAAACGGAUUGUUCCCAGAAACGCUUCUACAUUUAGCAAGAUCAUUGGCCCAAAUCCCAGAUCUGAAAUGGCUAAAGGUGCAGCAACUGUUGCAGAUGUGUCCCCAGAUACCCGCUGUGGGAGGAGGGCUGUGCAGGAUAGACCAGCGUAGGCAGGAUGCUAUGGUGGCGCUGGGGGUCUUCCUACUCGAAUCAGACCUCAAGUUCAAGGACAAGUUGGUUCCAUAUUUCAUUAGUCUUGUGAGAAGCAUACCCAAUGCACAAUGGAUUGAAGAAACGGGAUACAGGGUUAUUGAUGUAUUACCAAUGAGUGAGCGCUUUGCAUUCACCAUCACAACUCUCCUUUCUGACAUAGCGACCAAAGACUCACACUACAGAGAUCAGAUUUUGUCAACAUUAGUUGAAGUUUUACAGGCACUAUGCAGGAUCUGCCAACAGCCAUCAGAACAUCCUCAAGUUGCUAUAUGCAAGCACGUCAUGCCCGCAUUCCUUGGGAUGUCCCGUGCCAUAGGGCGCAGCAGCCAGGACCCAUCCUGCUCUCUCCUCAGUCGGAUGUACCCCUCAUCCAAGCACACCGCCUCCCAGACCCCUCCCCCAUCCUCCGGUUUGGACCAGACGUCCCCCAUGUACAGCUCCUUCCGACUCAUCGUCUCCGACGUCAUGGAGCAGAAACUCCGGCAGUCCGAAGGGAGCCGACAGGACGCAUUGCCUUUGGCAGACGACUCCAGGGAGGAGAGGGCGACGGAGGGACCUAGCCAUCUGCUGACAGUGGUGGGGUCAAGUUUCGGUAUCAGCACGGAGACAUGUGAGAGCGGGAGCGAUGGAGCUCAAGUGGGUUCUCUGGACCUCACCACUCCACAGCUGCAGACCAUCUUGAAUGUGUGCCAAAAGAUGAUCAGCGGAACUCUGUUACAAAGUCUUGAUGGGAUGGCCCAGCAGUACGCCCUUCAACCAGGAUCAAAGAAGAACCUUCCGUACAAGUCAUAUAGUGAAGUCAUCAACGUGGUUCUGGUCUCUUUACUCAGACAUCUCCUUCAACAGCAUAAAGGAUUGCCAAUGGGCUUCCAGACAGAGGUUCAUGCGUUUGUCAGAGAACUCUUUCUAUCGGGCCAAACGGAGCUGCAGGAUCUGAGUGUGGAGAGCGCCACCCGUGGUCCAUGCAGGUUCAACUCUCGAGAGUUGGCACUCAGGGCUAAUGCAACAUGUGUGGACCUUCUUGUGUGGGCAGCUAAUGAUGAAACAGGUGCUGAUAGUCUUAUUUCAAGGCUGACUGAGAAACUGCAUUCCAGUGCUGGCAGCAAGCAACUCAUAGCUGAUAUGCCUCUGCUUCUGUGCUCACUGCAGGGUUUGGGCACUCUAGCAGAGAAGUUUCCGACGGUCGCUCACGCCACCAUCGGCUCCCUCCGCGACUUUCUGAUGGGGCCGUCCCGCAUCAUCGUCAAGCUCCACAAGCAUCAUGAAGUCGAGAGCAGCAAGUCUAGUGCCGGACCCACCAUCAGGGUCAUGGACUCCACCCUCCAGAGGGCUGGGGCUGGGAAGGAUGGGCGCGGUGCUGGUGGUAGUGGUGGUGCCGGUAGUGGUGGUGGGAGUAGGAGCAGCAAGAGUGUCGGGGAGGGGUCACAUCCGUAUGAGAGACUGAGGAAUGCGGCCAUGUCUAACCUUUGCAGAUCGCUGCGUUCUGGCCUCGUUGAAGAUCCCGAUUGCAUUCAAGCCUUCCUAGCGUCUGUCUCCAAUGCGCUCUACAUUGCCGAAGCCAGCGAUCGAGAUUCCACCCUCAUCUCCUCCAACGCCAUCCUGGCGAUGGGCCACGUGGCAGUUCUUUUGAGCGAAACAACUCGUACCAUUGAGAGUGUCCAGCAGAUUUUCCAGCAACGGUUCUGCACACCCCCUUCCUCCCUCGAUGUGCUGAUCGUGGACAUGCUGGGAUGCCUGGUACUGGCUGGAAAUGCUGCUGUAACGCAGGAGGUGAUGAAUAUGUUUAUUCAGAUCAGUGUCGAAGCUGGAUCAUCUGAUUAUGCACCUAACAGCUCACAGGCUUCACAGAGAUUCAGGCAUUGCUCCAUGGCUAUCAUCAAUGCUCUUGCAAACAUAGCAGCAUUUAUAGACGGAGAGAACGAACAGCAGGAGCUCUUAGUCCGGCUACUUGAAUUAUUUGUCCAGCUGGGACUAGAGGGCAAGCGGGCCAGCGAGAGGGCUCCUACAGCUAUCAAGGCCUCCAGCAGUGCUGGAAGCUUGGGCAUCCUUAUUCCUGUCCUUGCAACUUUGAUCAAGAGACUGCCACCCAUCCAGGACCCAAAGCCUCGCCUUCACAAGUUCUUCAGGGAUUUCUGGCUUUACUGUGUGGUCAUGGGGUUUGCCGUGGAGGACUCUGGUAUCAAGAUUUGGAAUAUUGUACCUCAAACUACACGCCGUCUCUGGCCCAAAGAGUGGUACGAGGGAGUCUGUCACAUCGCUGCAAAGUCUCCCCUCCUUACAUCCAGCCCUGGUGAACAUCUGAGAUCAGAGCUACAGUACAACUCUGCUCUCAGGAACGAUAGCAUGACAUAUAACGACCUGAACGAGCUCCGUCAGAACAUCCUGGGCCUGAUGGAGCAUUCCCCAGAGGUCACCGUUAUCGUCAACAAGCUCAAUUUUGCCCAGUGUACCUACCUGCUCUCUGUCCAUCGGCUGGAGACCCUGCGGGUGAGUAACGCCGUCCCCACCAGCUUCGCAGCAGUCUUCAGCUACCUGGAAGACAAGGCGAUUAUCAAGGACAAGGCUGGCAUGUGGCAGUGUCUCCUGGCAUCCUUCGACAAGGUCUUCGACAUGUUCUUGGAUAUCAAGGCCAAAAUGCCCCGUACUGAAGAGAGGGAGAAGGAGCUGGUCCAUCAUGCUCAGUUCCUGCUUGUCAAGUUCAAUCAUGUCCUCAAACAGAUCAGGAAGGUUGCUGAUAAAUACCUUUCAAGACUUGUAGACAGGUUUCCUCAGUUACUGUGGAAUGGUGAUGUCCUUUGGAGCAUGUUGGAUCUCCUGCAGCUCUUGUCCAAGGCUGCUGCAGAGGAGAGUCUUCAGGAGGUCAGAGAGUUCCCUGUUUUCAAGGGCAUGUUCAUGCUGACAGUCAUGGACACCAAGGAAUCAAGAGAGGGCAUUGUCCGUGACUUUGCAGCCCGUUGCGGAGGUAUUUUCCAGGAGGCCGUGAAGUGGGCGGCCUCUGCGACGCGCUCUCACAUCCAGCAGUACAUCAUCCAUCUGGAGAACUCCUCGGACAGUCUCUCACAGCGUAGCACCCUGGAGCUCGCCACGGAGAGUGCCCUCCAGUGUGCAGGAUUCAACAAAGGACUCACCGCAUCUGGUACCGACAGUUUGACCAGUGAGUCAGCCAACUUUGUAUCAGUGAUGAGCCUAAGGAGCAGGUUCGCUGGAGAGGUAUCAGGCAUGAAAGCAAUCUACACCGACGCAGGGCCCGGGGGUUUGAGUCUAUCUCAUGUACUGAAUAAACAGCUUGACAAGGCGUGUGAUGCGAAGAAGAUAGAUGCUUUCACUAAUUCUAUGUUCAGAGUCUGUGCCCUCCUCAUCUCAAGUGAAGGUGUGGAUAGAUACCUGUUGUAUAGCCUGUGCAGGGCGCCUGUCAGGCUCUUCACAACACACGCUAUGGAGAAGGCUGUUGCAUGCUGGGAAUGGCUGCUGGCUGCCAGAUCGGACAUGGAACUGCAGUUAAUGCGUGAGAUGGCCGGAGCAUGGCAGAUGAGCAUGGACAACAGACUUGGUCUGUUCUCUAUUGAUGUUGAAGAUCCCAGUCCUCUGGCCGCCAUCAGUGGCGAUGAUGUCCCUGACCCCAAACACCCAAACGCUACACCACAUCACAUCUGGACCCAGUUCUUACACCAGCGCCUGGAGAGCAUCAAGUACAGCAGCAUCAACGUGGUGGAGAUCUUCAUCUCCAUCCUGCAUCGCUCCCUACCCAUGCAGGUCGGUCAGACAAAGGGCGCCCUCUCCAGGCACAUCGCUGCCAUGGGCCCCCGUUUCCGCCUGCUCUGUAUGGGACUGUCCCUCCUGCAGGGGGAUAUCCUGCCCAGCAGUACGGGCAAGAACGUCUUGAGAGAAAGGAUCUACUCGGCUGCGUUCGACUUCUUCAGUGUUGCUCCAGUGUGCCCAACCCAGUCUGUGAGUGAGCUGAGGGAAGACAUCAGUAUUCUCAUUAAGUUCUUCCAUGCCAUGCUGGCAGAGAAGAAAUACCUCAGAGGCACCACAGCUGUGGUUCAAGAGUCCGAGGAUGUACACACGCUAGGCAUCAUCCCAGCCGACCUGCGAGCCAGUAACGAGUACCUCAACGCCAGGCCAACAGCAGGGCGCCCUCAGGGUUGGAUGAACACCAUGCCGCUGUCCAGUAACAUGUCCAUCGUGUCCAAGAGGUCAUCGGUCACCAGGAAGAGUGGAGAGGUCGGAGCAAAGUAUGCCAAGGAGUACAUGAAGAGGAGGAAUCUAAUCCUCUCUCUGCUGGUGAAUGAGAUAGAGAGACUGUGUUGCUGGUGUAAUCCCUUAGACAACUCAGAAAUCAAGCUACCAGGAGAGGAGCUGGUUGCUAACUGGAGGGUCCAGACCCCUACCAAUGAACGCACCUGGAGGGACUUUGCUCACCUCGCCUGGGAGGUGUCCCCUCAUCUGGCUUGUCAGCUUCCCGUCAGGUUCAAGUCUUCUGAGAGCCUUGUCAAGGAGGUGACGCGUAUGGUGCGACUCAACCCCAUGGCUGUCUCUGACCUCCCAAGUGCCAUUCACUUCCUGGUCACAGAACACAGUGUGGAUGCAGAUGUCGCAGAGUUGAGUCACAUCCUAUGCUGGGCGCCCGUUCCACCUGUCACCGCCCUGUCAUACUUCUCCCAGCAGUACCCCCCGCACCCCCUGACUGCCCAGUAUGCCACCAGAGUCCUGCAGGACUACCCACCAGAGGCACUGCUCUUCUAUGUCCCUCAGCUAGUACAGGCUGUCAGAUACGAUACGUUUGGCUUUGUGACGGAGCUGAUCCUGGUCCUGGCGAAAAAGUCCCAACUCCUGGCCCAUCAGCUCAUCUGGAACAUGAAGACCAACAUCUUCAAAGACGAGGAAGCCAAGGAAAGAGACGGUGAGUUUGCUGAUGCCCUGGAGGCCCUGAUCGAAGGCAUCAUAGCCAGCUUGUCGGGACCAGCGAAAGACUUCUAUGAGAGGGAGUUUGACUUUUUUGGCAAAAUAACAGCCAUCUCCGGCGAGAUCAGACCAUAUCCCAAGGGUGAUGAAAGGAAAGCAGCCUGUCUGAAAGCCCUAGCAACCAUUCAACUCCAACCUGGAUGCUAUCUCCCUUGCAACCCUGAAGCCGUCGUCAUGGAAAUCGACUACAAGUCUGGAACUCCCAUGCAGAGUGCUGCCAAGGCCCCGUUCCUUGCCAGGUUCAAGGUGCAGAAGUGCGGAGUUCAUGGGCUGGAGAGCCUUGGUAUGAAGGGCCUCGAUUCAGACGCUGUUUCUCGUUCCCUCAAAGCACAAAUAUGGGAGGCUUGCAUCUUUAAGGUUGGAGAUGACGUGAGACAGGACAUGCUUGCGCUGCAGGUGAUUGGUCUAUUCAAGAACAUCUUCCAUCAGGUGGGACUCAACCUCUACCUGGUCCCGUACAAAGUGGUAGCAACGUCACCAGGGUGUGGAGUGAUCCAGUGUGUCCCAGACUGCAAGUCUCGUGACCAGCUUGGCCGACAGACAGACAUCGGCAUGUAUGAAUACUUCCUAACCAAGUAUGGAGAUGAGACUACACCCGCAUACCAGAAGGCUAGACGUCAUUUCAUCCAAAGCAUGGCAGCCUACAGUGUGGUAGGGCACCUCCUCCAAAUCAAAGACAGACAUAAUGGAAAUAUCAUGCUGGAUACCAGAGGCAACAUCAUACACAUUGAUUUUGGUUUCAUGUUUGAGAGUUCUCCUGGAGGCAACCUGGGCUGGGAACCAGACAUCAAGCUCACUGAUGAAAUGCUCAUGAUCAUGGGAGGCAAUAUAAACGCGGCUCCAUUCAAGAAGUUUGAAGAACUGUGUGUACAGGCCUACCUAGCAGUCAGACCAUACCAAGAAGCCAUUGUGUCCCUUGUAGCCCUGAUGCUUGAUACAGGACUACCUUGCUUCAAAGGAAAAACACUCAACUACUAAGGACUCGCUUCAGCCCGAACCAGACGGAAAGGGAAGCUGCAAUCUACAUGGUUGGCAUCAUAGAAAAGUGUUGCCAGAAUGUCAGGACCAGAACCUAUGACAUGAUCCAGUACAUCCAAAAUGAGAUUCCCUAUUAGAACUGUUUCGCUAGGGUACAAGAUGAUCAAAGUGCAAUAGACGAUGUAUGUAUACUCCAGAAUCCCCCAAAUAAUGUUAUAUUGAGAUAUAUUCCAGUAGCUUUGUAAUGAGGAUGUGCAUUUAUUCCAUAAAUAAUACAUUCUUCUUCUUCUUUUCUGUUGAAAGCCAGAAUGGUGUUAACUCAUAUACUUUAAAGCAGGGCUGCAAUACUUGUAGCUACUUGUGC